AAAUGUUAAGACUUCUGCUACCAUCGAAGGAGUACAGCCAAACAAAAAGAACCUAGCCUCAAGACCAAGAAGUGAGAGCUCAAAAACUACAAGUUUCCUCUGUUCGCACUAUUAAUGUUGGAUGCUAGAUGUUGAGGUCAUUAAGCGUAUGUAGCUUGCGCACUGUUCAACCUACUGCAACCUGCACAUCCACUCUAUGGACUUUGUAUUAAUUCAUGGGUUUAUCUUUCAGUACUUGAAAAAUAACUCAGAAUUUCGUUUAGUAAGGCGCUGGGCUUACGUUAAAUUAGAUAGCCUAUUUAUAUUCCCAGACCACUUCAACCGCAGCAGCUGCCUUAAAGUUUUCCUCAAACAUUCAGAUGUUUCUGUUUCAUAUCCACACAAUGAUACCCCUUGGAUCACAAUCACAGAAUAUUCUGGAGCUGUACAUUACCUUAAACCGGAAGUAGAGCAAGCUUUCCAAACCUGGUUGACAGUCAUUUACAAAGCAUCUAAAAAGUAUUUUAUCAAACUGAUUUCAUCAUCUAAAAACUUAAAGUGAAACAGAUUUAGUGAAACAUGAUCAGGAAUACGGGUUACAUCGAACUAGUCAGCAGAUGAUGAUCCCAAUGGGAUUACAAGAGAGAAGAAAACUGAACCAAUCAAGUGUCACCUAUUCCACUGCCUAUCCUGUUGAUAAAAAUGAAGCAACUGUAUCUGAUACAUUAAGUCCAUCAUUUCAGUUUGUCGGAAAUACUCAUUCAAAUAAAACUUUAGAAAUGAAUGAUAUAUAUAAAAGAAAUUCAGCAUACACUAAUGCGAGAUCAUUGAGUAGAAGUUCUCAGUUCAACUUUAUACCACAUGAAGAUAAACCUCCUCCUAGACCUCCGAGAAAUCCACAUCCAUUGCACACAGUCAAAGAGCAUUCUACCAUGCGUGAUGAUGAAAUUGUGGAAACUAAACCAUUGACAAGUGUGAAACAUAGAUAUCCUGUUACUGGUUUAGCUAAACGAAUGAGUAUCGCAGCGUCUGAUCUCUUAGGAAAGUCACGUGAUGAUCUUAUCCUACUACUUCUUCAAUUAAAUCGUGAGAAAGCUAAUUUAAAAAGAUGGCAUGAAUAUUUCACCUAUCAAAUUGAUCAGAUACGCUUAGUUAAAGGUGGUACCAGAGAGGCUAGAUCAGAUAUUGCCGCUAUUCAAGGUGAAUUGAAUGAUGUCAUUGGACAAUUAGAACUGUCUGAACCUUUAAUAAAAUUUCUGGAUAAUAUGAUACGUAUGGGUGAUGUAUAUGGAGGUGAUGAUGUCCUGUUUGCAAGUGAAUACCGAAGACAUUUGUUACCUUCUCAUGAAAUUGUUCCAUCAAAUCCAAGUUUAGAAUUUGCUCGUGAUAUUGAAGAACGUGAAGUUGCACGUGUAUUGAAUAGUUCAGUACGUCAUGUACAUCGUUCAGAAUCUCCAUUAGAUGAAAAUCAUUUCAGUAGACCAAUUACACCAUUAUCACCAUUGAAUGAUUUAAAUACAAUGAAUAAUUCAAAUAGUUUAUCUAUUAUCCCAAAGUUGGAUAAUAUGCCAGAACCAGAAGAAAUUCGUUUACAUAGAAGACGUUUAGAAGAAGAAUUGAACAAUCUUGAAAAUUUGUGUGCACCACAUCAAUUAAUUCAUAAUAAACUAAGAGAUACACAGAAAGCAAUUCGACAAAAUGAAAGAAAUAAAUCUGCAGAACAAUCGAAUAAAUUUCAUUCAAAGGCACCAUCAGCAUCUUUAUUGCGUAGAUUACAUUCAGAAGGUAUUCAUCAUCGUCAACUAAAAUCAGCAAAUAACUCUUUAAGACGAAAAACACUGGACGGUUAUGAUAAUGAUGACUUAUAUGAUUAUAUUUAUAAACGUCCAAGUACAGAUUUUGGACAUGAUCCACAAUCAUCAUUUCGACGUCUUAGAAGCAACAGUCGUAAUAAUAUUAAUCAUAAAGAAGAAUUCAUUGAUAAUAAAAAUCUAGAUGGAAUUAAGAAAUUUCAAAGUAUUCCGGAUGAUUUAAAUUUAUUAACAAGAGAUUCACUAUAUAUGCAAAAUAAGACAAAGCCAUUACAAGAUGAAAGGCACAAACCACUGAAUUUUAGUAAUCCAAUAGAUUUUGUUAAAAAAUCUUCGGCUAGAUCGAGAACAUAUUCUGGUCAAAGGAUAUCACCACCGGCAACAACAACAACAACAACAACUAGAGUAUCAACAAUAAAUAAUCUUUUGAGAAAAUCAUUUGAAUUACCUUCAAAGUAUGCUGUUGAUAGUGAAAUGGUUGGUUUUAUUGACAGAAGAAUGUCAAGAAAGCCUUUUCGAGAAUAUUCUUCCAAUGAAAUAAAAAACAAUAAUGAAUGGAAUCAUAAUUCACGAAAUCGAAGAAGUUUCAAUGCUACACCAACUCAAGACAUACAAGAUGAUCUUCAAGAUUAUUCAAAAAGUCUUCUUUCUGAACAAAAAAGGUUAUAUGAUGAGAACAAAAAUUCUUCAUAUGAUUCAAACAAAUUGAAACCUUCGAAUUAUGAUCAUAGUAUUCGACAAAAAUUUGAUGAUUUACUUGAAGAUAUUGAUUUCCCAACAGUUCAAAGUCAAUACAAUAAGGAUAUAUUGUAUGAAGAUGACAUUUUACGGAUGAAAAACAGUAGAGAUAGACUGGAAGGCGAUAGAGUAUCUCAAGCUCGCUAUGACACUAAGUUAUCACGUAAUCGACAGCCGAUUACAGUUAGUGAAAAAAUACCAAGCAAAACAUCAUCACUGAGCACUUACGGACAGUAUCUAGAUACGGUAUACGCAAAUAUCUCGCAGAAUUAUCCAGGUUCCACUUUACAAAGAAGUGAACUAUCCUCAGGAAAUAUGAAACAGCUUGAUAACCAAUCAACAAAUCGAUCAGAUUACUUCCCUACUCAUAACUCGAAAAGAGAUACAUUAAUUUCAAAUUGUUCUUCUAUUUCGGAACAGAAUAAGAUACAACCAAUAAGGAAACAUUUAUUGCCUCAGACAAACACAAGUCUAAGUGAAUAUAAGUCAAAUCUCUAUGAUUCAUAUGGACAAAGGUACCGUGAUGUUGAUAAUCCGGAAUCAACUGGAUCGCUUGAAAGUAUGUUCACUAGUCAAGAACCGUAUACUUUAGAAGAACGUCGGGUAACAACAGCAAGACCUUUAUCACGUGAAGAUUUUAUCAGAACCAAUAGUAAUAAUAAUAAUAACCAAGUGAAUGUUAUUACAUUAAGAAAUAAAGAAGAUAAAAUAAAUUCACUGAGAAAUGUUCUAUUACGUCAAAGCCUUACUGAUUCACCAGUAUACAAUCAAAAUGAUGAUCAUAUUUUCAAUGGUAAUCAGGCAACAGAAAAGAGUGCAGCAGUUGCUGAAAGAGUUCGCUUAAUUACAGUUAAAGAACAAUUAGCAAAAGAGGCUGCUGUUACAGUUGCACCCUACCGGAAAUUACCUCUUAUGUAAGGUCUUCGUGCACGUGAACAACUAUCUCCCAGUGCAUCUGGAUGAGAAACCGUCAACACACUACUUUUAAACAUACAAGAAUAAACAUCAUUUUCUACUUUAGAAUAUAGUCACCUUAAUUGUCUCUACUUAGCAUUUUUAACUUUGUGUAUUUUCACCUAAUGCAGCUUAUAUUCGUACGUUUUUUAUCAGGCGUUUUAUAAUCAGACAAGAAUGAUUAAAUUGAUCUCCCUAGCGAAAUACAAUCAAGCACAAUUUGACUAAAAUCUCUUGUCUACCUCACAUUUCUUCCAUUUACACAAUGAUUGUUAAUAUAAUUUGCUAACUUCAUUUACUUAUGCUUACUUUACAAAAUGCGAAAAAAUUCACAAAUAUUUUUUUAAAUUAUUUAUAUUACUUAAAAGUAGUAUACUUUAUGUGAUAACAUUUUUUCGAUAAAUUAAUUUACUUCCGAUAUGCUGAUGUUAAAAUGACAUUGUGAGUGGGAUACUCAUCUUUAAUUGAAGUUCCAAUUGAAUAAUAUGAACACUGAUGUGAUGUCAGUAAUAUCGUUAAGUAUAACUGUUUUUUGUAUAUUAUACCUUCGUUGAUUGGACCCAGUUGAUCGGUCUCUAUUGACAUACGGGCUCCUGUACGGAUGCCUCG